AUUUAUCGAUCGAUAACUAUUAUCUCGUUAGAUGAAGAAGAUUCAAGUACGUUCUCAGAACCCCAUAUAAAAAGGAUGAAGACGACACAUAUAUUACUUUCGACCGUUAUUUUAAUGUCUUUGAUGGUAACUGAUGGACAAGUGGUGUCAUUUACCAUGCGAAAACUAGCAUUUUCCAUAAAUCAAUUUGGUUUCGAUCUUUAUCGAGCCAUGGACUUUCCUAACAACAUGGAUGCUGCGGUGUGCCCGUUUGGUGUUAGCUUGCUCUUGGCUACCAUGCUCCUAGGUGCGAGAGGAAAUACUGAAGUGGCACUACGUCAAGCUCUAUACUUAUGGGGAAUGAGAUCCCACGAGACUCAUGCAGCCUUCAGAGAUUUACUCAUUCACCUAAGAGAAAAUCUUCACGCUAUAACUGGUGAAAAGAAAGAUGAUCCCCAAUCUCUAGCAAAUAAUUCUUUGAUAUUUUUCCAUAGUUUGUACGUCCAGCGCGAUUUUAGCAUACAUUAUCCUUAUCUGAUGUACUUACAACGACUCUACAACACGACCUUACAUCCGAUCGACUUCAUACUCAAUGGACCAGAGACUAAGGAGCAUAUAAAUGCCAUUGUGGAGAAGCAGACUAAUGGUAAAAUAAAAGAUAUCUUAUUAGCAACUCCUCCACACAGCACUAGUUUAUUGGUUCUGAGCGCUUUGUACUUCAGAGGAAUUUUUGAUCCGGCUGUUUUCAGAGAAACCAACAGAUCGAGAGAUUACGUGGGAUCUCGUGCCAUCUUCUCUUCUAGGGCUGAUAUGAAAAAAACUAAAGUGAGAUACGGAAAAUACGACUAUCUCGGUUGUGUUGCAGUGGAGAUACCAUUCAGGGGAGGUGAUAUGUCGUUUUUAGCAUUAGUUCCAGAAACUGCCGGUGGACUCGGUCUUCUAGAAAGUCGAAUUAGUGCCCAGCGACUCAAUGAUAUCCUCAAUACUUUAGAGGCUCAACAGAUUAAUCUAAAGGUACCACGUAUCGUCAUUGAACAAAAUCAUCAGAACUUGACAAAAGCCCUAUUGGAUGCUGGACUGACAGACCUCUUUAUGCCAGGAUAUGCUAAUUUAUAUGGAAUCAGUGAUUUUCCUUGGUUGCAUAUAUCAAACAUCAUUCACAAGAUUAACAUAGAGAUCCAUCAGAUUGAUUACAGAUCAUCCAGACAAUCAAACGAUCUUCCAACUGUUCAAUUUAAGCAUCCUUUUCUCUUCUUCGUGCUUGACAACGUCAGUGGAUUAGCAAUUGUCAUGGGAAAAAUCGCAAAAUCUCUUGGUUAGA